AUGUCGCAUAAGUUGAGAAGGCUUCAUAAACUGUCAGAAUUAUUCCCUAGGCAACAACCACCUCAAGCUGAUCAAAGAUGUCUCAUUUGCAUGGAACCUCCCAGAAAUUCCCCUUGCGGGUUAUUAGACUGUGGACACAAUCAAUUUUGCUUUACUUGUAUUGAGACCUGGUCUCAAAUCACGAACAAGUGUCCUUUAUGCAAUCUAAGGUUCUACAGUAUCAAAAAUCUCCACACUCAUGAAAAAUCAGUAAUCCCGGAUAAAGAUCAAGUGUUCUCAUAUGAGGAUCAUUACAGAGAAAUCAGGUGCAGAGUGUGCCACUCGUUAGAGCAAGAAGAAAUCAUGCUUUUGUGUGACAAUUGUGAUGCAGGUUAUCAUACGACUUGCAUUGGAUUAAUAGCGAUCCCGAAUCUAGAUGAAUGAUUUUGCGAAGAUUGCUUGAGGAGAAAAUCAGUUGAAAAGAGGGUGAAACAAAUUAAAGAGAUGGAAAAAUGCAAAAAAGCAGAGGGAGAUGAUAAAGAAAUGCCUGAGCCUGCAAAAAAAAGAAAAUUAAGGAGUUGUAGAGAAGUGCGUAUUCCUGCGGAAAAACCAAGAAGAUCGCUAAGAGCGAGAAAAUCUGUUUACCAAACUGAGGAGUAG